AUGCAAUCGCAAAUGGUUCUGUGUCGAUUGUACUGGUAUCCAUGUAAACUACUGUACGGUACCCUAUAUGGAGCUGUGUACCUUGGACCUCAGACGGCGCCAUUCUUCCCAGUGCUCGGAUUUAUGCUGGUCCUAAUCUACGCUAUGAAUAUCUAUUGGUUUAAUUUUAUCGCAAGAAUGUUAUGGCGAGUAGCGACAACGGGUGAGGAGCCAGAAGACAAUCGUGAAUGGGAUACGACCGCGGUCACCGGUUUGUCGAAGAGCACAUUGGACGCUAUGGCUGAAAGAAAAUCACAAUAG